ACCCUUGGCUAUCGUCAGACAUGGACAGGUUGCAAAUUUGUCUGGUUGUUCUCUUAGGAGUUGUUUCUUACAGUCAUGGUUGGAUUUCUGGACCAGUGUUGGAGGUGACAGUCAGACCAGGAGACAACAUCACUCUCUACUGUGACUGCAAAUUAUCAAGUGGAGUAUACAUAGUGUGGUACAGAAACUGCUCUCAUGAGAACCAGCCUUCUCUUGUCCUUGAAUCAAAACUUGAAUUAUAUGUGUUAACCGUUCUCCCUGGUUUUCAAUUUGUGAGAAACCAUUCCUCUGCCUCCUAUGACUUGUUGAUCAUGAACGUCACUGAUGCAGAUGAGGGUCUCUACUACUGUGGAACUAAACAGAUCAAGGUGGAGGACAAAGAAUUCAUCACUCCCAGAUAUGAUUACAGAUAUGGCAACGUCACAACAAGGAUCGGGAUCAUAGUCAACUCCAGCGAGCCUCAUCACACGGAGACUCCACAAGACUGUAGUGUGUGCUGGAUGCUGCUGUUCUCUCUGUGUCCAGCUUUUGCUGUCCUCUCCUCUCUCCUCUCCUCACUCGUGGUUUAUCACAUCUGUCAGAAAAAAGCUAAAGAACGUCAAGUUGAUCAACAAAAACCUGAAACUAGAGGUCAAACAAGACUGAAUCAGGAUGAAGAUGUGUGUUAUGCCGCACUGGAUAUCCGUCAACCAUCACAAAGACCAAAGAAGAAGAAAACGAAAGAAGAAGACUUCAGCAUGUAUUCUGCCAUCAAGACUUCUAGGAUGUAGGGGGUCUAAAACAAACAAGUACAAAAAAUUGAAAUGCGUAAUGGUGAUUGAUAAUUAAUCCUAGAAUUCAUAUAGACCAUUCUGUCUCCAUUUAAAGCUAAUGAUAACAGUCAUUGUUAUUUACAACAUAUAUAUGAAAAAAUUUAAUGCAUAAUGUAAAUGUACAAUGUUUUCUGUGUGUUUUAAGGUGAAAAAAGCAAUGAUGUUUUUGGAAAAGUAGAUACUAAACUGUUGUGUCAAUCCUCCUCUGAGGAUACAUCUAAUUUAGCUCGUUCACACUACCUACCUGAGCAGCGUGUGGGUGAGGCAUCUACACCCACGUUAAGAGAUUAGAGCAGUCACACUGCGGGCGUUUCACACGUCUCGGCUGCGGCUGCAGCAACGCUUCACUAGAAAGUCGAGGUCUCACCUAUUUUUUCAUGUGCCAUGCGUGGUUCCCAGCAAAAGAAAGUGAAAAGGGUCUGUUCAUAGUCAUAUCGACAAUAUACCUGGAACAGAUAGCCUUCACCUUUCACUACUGUUUGUCUAUAUGUGUAGAAUAUGUCACAGACAUGGAAAAGAAUGUAGCCUAUUUUUUAAACUCAACACCUCCUGUGUCUGUGUGAGAUUAAAAGCUCUCUGGCAUUUUUGUUGACAGAAUCCAUUCAUAUGUUAACAAGGCUUGUAUUGUAUGGUAUUUAUGAAAGGAAAAUUCAGUAUUCAUAGAAAGAUUGGGCUGGCAGCAGCAGCUCCACAGCUGACACGCUGUUGAUGGAACACUGCAGACACAGCUAUGCAGCGGUGUAGCCAAUCGCACUCUGCUCAGGUUGGCGGUGUGAACCAGGUGUCUUUCCACCUAUGCAAGUGGAGGGGCAGGGUGGUACCAGAACAGAGCCAUGCCACCAGAGCACAUCUUCAAGUUCUUCCAUGUGCAUACAAGGAAAGCUUAAGGCAAGGACAGCAGCAGCAAAGGGUACAGAACUACAUAUUGUAUUCACUUGUUUUUCUGACAAAUUUUUUCCCCCUGUUUUUCGGAGUAAUUUUUUUUCUGAAUUACCGAGAUCCUUCGAACUCCCGCGAGAACCUCCAACCUGCAAGUGACUCCCUGACUACAAAGUCCUCAGGUGCCUGCUUAGAGUCGACAAACUAAUGAUAAUACCAUCUAUAUGACUUAAAGACAGGACUAUCUCCCAGUGUCUUAAACCCAGAUCAAAGUAAAACUUGAUUGAACUAAACAAGCCGGUCAUGUUUGUUUCUGUUAAAUCAAGCUCUCAAUAAAGGAAUGAAUGUGUC